AUGGGAAGACUCAACCAGGCCCCAAGCCUUCAAGCAAGAAGCUGCUUUGAUGCUAAUUCCUCCAUAUUUCGCAGCUUCCUCGUUGCAAUCCCAGCUAUCGCACAAAGAGUUGUUGACGAUACAGAUCUCCCGAUAUACUCAGCUGAGAUCUUGGAUCCAACCCCGAGCUCAGUAUCCUUUGUGCUCCAUACAUCUUUAAAAAUCCCGCUUGGUCUGCGAAUUCGGAUAAAUGCGUUUAAUUUGAGUCUCUUCAACCGUGAUGUUCAGCCCAUGACUCCUUAUAUCACCGUGAAACUACCAUCAUACAGUCUCAAGGGUCACACCGCUAUGACUAUUGAGCAGCACAAUACCUUGAUUCUAAAUGAGAGUCAAUUUUUGGACACUCUAACAGAUGCGGUCUAUCAGGAAAGAUUCACAAUGUCAGCCAAGGGGUCAACCGUGGGUCAUCUGGGAGCUCUGAAUGCCCCCUUAACUCUUAAUAAAGAUAUCGAGUUGAAUGGCUUGGACAAAUUAGAUGGCUUUUCAAUUGAGUCCGCUGAAGUUGCUAUUCCAAAAGAGGCAGAUGGUACCAAUAUUAUCGCCACAGCAACAUUGCCCAACCGUUCAGUUUUUACCUUCGCUUUGGGAAAUGUGACUCUUAAUCUCUGGAGCUAUGAUCUGCUUAUCGGCCAAGGCACUAUCCAGAACGUGGUACUGAAGCCAGGGAACAACACAGUGUCUCUUCGAGGGGAGCUUGAUAUCGAGACCAUCAUCGAUAAUAUAUACGAUAUCAUUCAUUCGCAAGAGGCCGCCCUUCUGGAUGGUGACUUUCAGCUUUCCGCAUCUGGAAACUCCACAAUAUAUAACGGUAACCAUAUUGCGUACUAUGAGGAAAUCUUGAAUAAUUUGACACUCACAACACGAGUUUCAAUACUUGAAGUACUAAGCGGUACUCUUGACGGACUAUUGGAUGAUCACAGCAAUUCUACGAUCGCUAGUUUGGUCCAGAAUAUUACCAACACUUUGAGCGAUCUGACAAGCUCAAAAGAUAUCUCAAAAGCCGCCGAUUCCUUGAAGGGUUUCAUUUAG